ACCUUCACCUCUGCUUAUCCACAUUAAUUAAAUUCUCUCAUUCAACAAGUUCAACUCUUCCUUCAAGUUUUUGAAAUAUUAUUUCCAUAAUGUCUCAACUUUCAGAUCUUGUUAAUCUCAAUCUCUCUGAUUCUACUGAGAAAAUUAUUGCUGAAUACAUAUGGAUUGGUGGAUCAGGAAUGGAUGUCAGGAGCAAAGCCAGGACUCUAUCUGGUCCUGUUGAUGAUCCUUCAAAGCUACCCAAAUGGAAUUAUGAUGGUUCUAGCACAGGGCAAGCUCCUGGAGAAGACAGUGAAGUGAUCCUAUAUCCUCAAGCAAUAUUCAAGGAUCCAUUCAGGGGAGGCAACAAUAUCUUGGUCAUCUGUGAUUGUUACACCCCAGCUGGUGAACCCAUUCCAACAAACAAGAGGCAUAAUGCUGCCAAGAUUUUCAGCAACCCGGCUGUUGUUGUUGAGAAACCCUGGUAUGGUCUUGAGCAGGAAUACACCUUGCUGCAAAAGGAUGUUAAUUGGCCUCUUGGAUGGCCUCUUGGUGGUUUUCCUGGACCACAGGGACCAUACUACUGUGGAAUUGGAGCUGGAAAGGCUUUUGGACGCGAUAUUGUUGAUGCUCAUUACAAGGCAUGUCUCUAUGCUGGGAUUAACAUUAGUGGUAUCAACGGAGAAGUGAUGCCCGGGCAGUGGGAAUUUCAAGUUGGACCUUCAGUUGGCAUUUCAUCAGGUGAUGAGCUAUGGGCAGCUCGUUACAUUCUCGAGAGGAUUACUGAGAUUGCUGGAGUUGUGGUGUCAUUCGACCCCAAACCUAUUCCGGGUGACUGGAAUGGUGCUGGUGCUCAUACAAACUACAGCACAAAGUCUAUGAGGGAAGAGGGAGGCUAUGAAGUCAUAAAGAAGGCCAUUGAGAAGCUUGGACUGAGGCACAAGGAGCACAUUGCAGCAUAUGGUGAAGGUAACGAGCGUCGUCUCACUGGAAAACAUGAAACAGCCGACAUCAACACAUUCAAAUGGGGCGUUGCAAACCGUGGUGCAUCCAUUCGCGUGGGAAGAGAUACGGAGAAGGAAGGCAAAGGGUACUUCGAGGACAGGAGGCCUUCAUCGAACAUGGAUCCAUACGUCGUUACCUCCAUGAUCGCCGAGACUACCAUCCUCUGGAAGCCUUGAGAGUGUGUAGUCGUCUCUCUUGAGGAUUCAAUUAAUAUUUCUCGGGUGCAACGUUUGGAGAAAGAAUUGAACUUCUUAACAACCCUUUCCUCACUUGUCCUUAGACAGAGUAUAGCUAGUCAUUUUGAUAUAUUCUGUUUGUUUGUUGUUUUCCAUUUGUAUUAUACUCCGCAAGGCUGAGUUCUUUGCCUGUGAUUUGGCAAUGUUGUUAAAAAAUAACAGUUGUAAUCUUAUUAAUAACAAUAUGGAAGGGUUUAACUUA